UUAAGGGUGCCGAAACUUUGGCUCUUAUAGCCUCAGUCGAGGAUAGCUUAAUGAUAAUGAAUUCAUUAAGCUCAAAUCGAUACAACGCCCCAUUUAAAAAAGAUAUUCAGCUUUGGCUUUGGAAACUCGUUAGUACUGGUGAUAUUUUGGAAAAAUGGCUAAUGGUUCAAAAUCUCUGGAUAUACUUAGAGGCUGUCUUUGUGGGCGGUGAUAUAUCAAAGCAGCUCCCAAUGGAAGCAAAACGUUUUGUGAAUAUUGACAAGAGUUACGUUAAAAUAAUGAUGCGAGCACGAGAAAUACCAAACGCUGUGGAGUGUUGUACAGGAGAUGAGUCACUAGCCGUCAAUCUUAAUUGGUUAUUUGAUCAGCUAGAAACGUGUCAGAAAAGUCUAACAGGCUACUUAGAAUCAAAGCGAUUGUUAUUUCCUCGUUUCUUUUUUGUAUCAGAUCCAGUACUCUUGGAGAUACUGGGCCAAGCGUCUGAUCCAACUUCGAUACAACCGCACUUAUUAAGCAUAUUCGAUGCAAUCGCCACCGUAGACUUUCAGGAAAAGGCAAGUGAUAUAAUUGAUGGCAUGAAUUCUUCAAAUCAUGAAAAAGUUAAAUUUGAAAAUACAGUACAGUGUAUUGGUAGCGUUGAGCUUUGGCUAGGUCGAUUGCUUAAAGAAAUGCAAGAUACAUUGAGAACUAUUCUUGCUGGAAUGGCAUUAAGUCUAAAUGACCCUGAGUUUAAUUUUGCAGAGGAAUUUCCGUCAUAUUGUGGACAAGCAGGUGUCAUUGGCGUGCAGCUUCUCUGGACCAAAGAUUCAGAGUACGCCUUGCGGAAGUGUCGGUCGGAUAAGACAAUAAUGAAGCGAACAAAUAAUAAAUUUCUAGUUUUGCUAAACUUUUUUAUAGACUUGACUGUUAAGGAUCUAACUUCACUGGAUCGUAUACGUUUUGAGACAAUGGUAACCAUUCAUGUCCAUCAGCGCGAUAUAUUUGAUGACUUGUGUAGUCAGCGCAUAAAAUCUGCAGGCGAUUUUGAAUGGCAAAAGCAAGCACGAUUUUAUUUUAAUGAAGACAACGAUGACAUAAUUGUGGGCAUCACUGAUGUAAAUUUUAUUUAUCAAAAUGAAUACCUCGGCGUUACAGAACGCUUAGCUAUUACUCCUUUGACUGAUCGUUGCUAUAUAACUCUUGCGCAAGCUGUUGGCAUGUGCAUGGGUGGAGCUCCAGCUGGUCCCGCAGGAACGGGGAAAACAGAAACUACAAAGGAUAUGGGACGCGCAUUGGGAAAACUAGUUGUUGUAUUUAACUGUUCUGACCAAAUGGAUUUUCGAGGUUUAGGCCGAAUUUAUAAAGGACUGGCUCAGUCUGGUUCUUGGGGGUGCUUCGAUGAGUUUAACCGUAUUGAGUUACCUGUAUUGUCUGUCGCAGCACAACAAAUAUAUAUUGUGUUGACGGCUCGAAAAGAGAAACGAUCAUCCUUUAUUUUCCUGGAUGGUGAUGAUGUGACACUUAACCCAGAGUUUGGAAUAUUUAUAACAAUGAAUCCUGGGUAUGCUGGACGUCAGGAGUUGCCGGAAAAUCUUAAAAUCAUGUUUCGAACUGUAGCCAUGAUGGUACCUGAUCGGCAAAUUAUCAUUCGGGUUAAAAUGGCUAGCUGUGGUUUUAAGGAAAACGUAUUACUUUCUAGAAAAAUGUUUACUCUUUAUAAAUUAUGCGAAGAACAGCUAUCAAAACAGGUUCAUUAUGACUUUGGUCUGAGAAAUAUUCUUUCUGUAUUACGAACUCUUGGGUCCCAAAAACGAUCAAACCCGAGUGAUACGGAGGAAACUAUAGUAAUGCGGGUCCUACGCGAUAUGAAUGUCUCAAAGCUUAUUGAUGAAGAUGAAGGCCUUUUUGUAUCGCUAGUUGAUGAUAUGUUCCCAGGAAUAAAGCUGACCACUAAUGUUUAUAAAGAGUUACAGAGAUCAAUCUUAAAAGUUUGCGAAGAAUUGGGUUUUGUAAAUAACCCCGAGUGGAAUUUGAAGGUGGUUCAAUUAUAUGAAACAUCACUGGUGCGACAUGGCCUAAUGCUUAUGGGUCCUACUGGAUCAGGAAAAACUAGUUGCACCAUCUGCAUGCUUCGUUGCUUUACCAAAAUGGGACGACUACAUAAAGAAAUGAGAAUGAACCCUAAGGCUAUAACAGCGCCACAAAUGUUUGGAAGAUUGGAUGUAGCCACAAAUGACUGGACUGAUGGAAUUUUUUCAACAUUAUGGCGCCGUUCAUUAAAAAUUCCUCAUCAUCAAAACUGCUGGAUAGUACUGGAUGGUCCAGUCGAUGCUGUGUGGAUCGAAAAUUUAAACUCAGUUCUGGAUGACAACAAAACACUUACUUUGGCGAAUGGAGACCGAAUUAAAAUGGCCGAAAACUCUAAGCUUGUUUUUGAGCCAGAUAAUGUUGACAAUGCAUCGCCCGCAACCGUUAGUCGUGUAGGUAUGGUGUUUACAAGCUCUUCCGUUUUGAGUUGGAAAGUCUAUAUGGAAGCGUGGUUAAUGAAGCACGGUGACGAUAGAGAAAUAUAUACACGAUGUUAUCAUUCAAUAUAUGAUGAUGCACAUACUUUUUUGCAAACUAGGCUUGCAGCUAAAAUGAAAAUAUUAGAGGCUCUUUAUAUUCGGCAAAUGUUAGACAUAAUGGAUGGCCUUUUGAUUGAAAUUUUAUCCCGUAGUGAAAGAACACUUGAGCGCAUAUUCCUUUUUUCCCUAAUGUGGUCAUUAGGGGCAGUAUUAGAACUUUCAGAACGUGAAAAGUUUGAAGAGUUUCUUGUCAAACAUCCUUCAAAAAUGCUUUGGCCGAAGCGUGGAGCGACAGAAACAAUUUUUGAAUACUAUGUGGAUGAUAAUGGAAGUUGGCAACAUUGGAAUUCUCGUGUAGAUGUAUUUAAUUUUCCAGAGGAUGAGAUUCCUGAGUUCGCAUCAAUUUUGGUACCUAAUGUAGAUAAUGUACGUACAGCAUUUCUGAUACAUAAUAGUGCAAAACAGCUCAAGCAGGUUUUGCUUAUUGGAGAGCAGGGUACCGCUAAAACAGUAAUGAUAACGGCCUAUAUGAGUCGUUAUGAUCCUGAAGAGCAUCUUUCCAAGUCCAUUAACUUUUCAUCCGCAACUACGCCUAAUAUGUUUCAA